GAAGAUUUGGUCAUGUGCAUGUGCAUGUGAUGCCCUGCUACUGCUCCAGUAGCUCGGUUCGACCUUUUGAAAAGUUGCGUUGAUGGUUCCUGACCAGUACUGUCGACAUCUGCCGCUGCACGAACAGCUGCCCAGCCAAGUUCCACAUUCAUAAUUGCCCGAUCGCGCAAAAUCCCUCAAGUAGACCGACCCUCCGUAGCAGCGAGUCCAUGUGACCCCCCCGUCACCCAACCGACUUUCUUCUCACAUUGCACAUAGAUCGCGCUCAGUGCAUCGUUUCUCAAACUCUCCUCCAUCCGUCUCGUCUUGCUGGUCAAGGCCAUCCUUUCCACGUCCCUCAGCCCACCUCUCACACUCUGCCCUCUGACAGCUUCAAGAUGGGCAGAUUACGCAUCGUCGGGAAGAUCUUCCCUGCUGGUGCUCCCAAAGUCGUUGACAGGGCUGCAGCUGAGGAUUCGACACCCUCGAGCCCUGGCGCGCAAGUGGAUGGUACUGUCGUGGAGCGUAAAGCCUCGUCGGAUGUGGACCCUGAAAAGGGCGAACCCAAGGAUGUGCACGCUGUGGUCCGGGUGGUCUCCAAUGCUCAGGAAAGCGGCGAAAUCCAAUAUAGAACCAUGUCAUGGCAACGGUGUGCCUGCUUGCUCUUCACCGAAUACGUCUGUCUGGCUAUCUUGUCCUUUCCCUGGGCUUUCAGAUAUCUGGGCAUGGCCGGAGGAAUCCUCUCGACUUUGGGCCUUGGGAUCAUUGCGCUCUAUACCAGCAUGACGCUAUGGCGGUACUGCAUGAAGAAUCCACACCUGCUACACAUUGCCGAUAUCGGACAAGACCUGUUCGGAAAGCAUUGGUUGGCCUACGAGCUUACUGGAGCUGCGCUGAUCCUCAACAACUGCUUCAUCAUGGGUUUGCACACCCUCACCGGAUCCGAAGUGCUGAACGUCUUGUCCGAUCACGGCACUUGCACGCUCGUCUUCAGCAUCGUCGUCCUGAUCGUCUGCUUCUUGGGCACCCUGCCGAGGAAGCUGGAUCAAGUCGCCAUUUUGGGCGUGGUAUCGGCCAUCUGCAUGUUCAUCAGCAUCGUUCUCGUCAUCGUCUUUACCGGCAUCAUUGGCAAAAAUCCUGCUGGUCUCAAGCCGGACGAGCCGGUCAGGAUCACGGCGUGGGCACCAGAAGGCACAACCUUUGUCGAAGGUUUCAACGCGUUCCUGAACAUUCUGUUUACAUGGGUCGGACAGAUCAUGUAUCCAAGCUUCAUCUCGGAAAUGAAGAAUCCCAACGACUUUCCCAAAGCUCUUUAUGCGACGACAGCGAUGGAGUUCUUCCUCUUCUUGUUUGUGGGAAUAUACGUCUACGCUUUCGCAGGCCAGUACGCAGAGACACCCGCCGUGGCCAUCUUGCCCAAGCUGUACAAGCAGAUCUCCUUUUCUUUUGUCCUGGUCACAUCUAUCAUCAUUGGAUGUCUCUAUGGCAGCGUGGUUGCCAAGUAUCUAUUCAACCGCAUCACCCUCGGCACGAAGCACUACAACAACAAUACAGUAAAGGGCUGGAUCAUCUGGAUUGCCUGCUGCGCCUCUACCUGGGUCUUUGGCUGGAUCAUCGGCGAAGCUGUGCCCUUCUUCGGCGUUCUCGUCAGUCUAAUGAGCGCCCUCUUCGACGGUUUCUUUGGUUUCAUCUUUUGGGGCAAGGCGUACCUGAGCAUGAACAAGGGUCAAUUGUGGAAGGGGCAGAGCAUAUUGAGGAAAGCGGAAACGAUCUUUAACGUGUUCCUCAUCUUUGCUGGACUAUUCGUCUUUGGCCCUGGCUGCUACACCUCUGUGCAGGCCAUCAUCGAUAGCUACGCCUUGGGAUCGGUCAAGAGCCCCUUUUCUUGCGCCAAUAAUGCCGUCUGAGCCCCAAAGGAGCUUUAAACCAAAGCGCACGACAUUCGAGCACCAAACGUCUUCGAAAGCGCCUCAUUUGGGAUGGCUGGCCUCUUGCUGUAUUUUGACUAGGACGAUGCGUCUCGUGGUUGCUUUGUCAUGAACGAUCUGUUCCGAUUUGCUACGCAUACAUAUCAUGCUUGAAGG